GGCCACGCCCCCAAGCGUCUCGCUAGGAGCGCGAAGGAGACGCCAAGCGGGUGCCCCUGAGCAUGUGCAGAGUGCACCUCCACAGACAGCAAAGUCGUGCAUGUGGCGCCUUUCGAAUCCGGGACUCGAGGGCUCGAACUCCACGCAGCUCUUGGGAAGCCCGUAGCGCUGCCCUGAUCCGCCGCCGCCAUGGCUUCCGGGGGAGAAGGUCUGGACGACAUUUCUCCGGACUGGGCGGGGGCCAGCCUGGUGGACCUGACCUCUCCCGAGCUGGCAAAAUCCAACACCUCUACGCUGGACAGCGGGGAGGAUUUCGAAGUCCUGGAUAACGACGAGGAGGAAGAGGAAGGGCGAGACGAGGACCUGAGCGGCCUCCCUCCGCUGGAGGACGUGCCCGGAAACGACGGCCGAGGGACGGCCGCCUCGCAGCACCCUGGUCCAGAAGACACGGAGGAGACCCCAGAGUGGGUGGAUGUGUUAGGGAGCGGUUUGCUGAAAAAGAAAGUCAUCGUCGCAGGUCAGGGACCAGAGACCCGGCCGGUUAAGAGCCAGGAUGUCACCGUCCGCCUUAAGACCAUGCUGCAGGGCGGCACGGUGGUCGAGGAGAGCCCCAGCCUCACCUUCACGCUGGGGGACUGCGAUGUCAUGCAGGCCCUGGACCUCUGCAUACAGCUAAUGGAGAUGGGAGAGACGGCGCUCAUCAUUUCAGACGCAAAGUACUGCUUCGGCCGGCAAGGGAGGAGUCCAGACAUCCCCCCUGACUCAUCCCUGGAACUUGAAGUGGAGCUCCUAGCGGCCCAGGAUGCCCCCGACCUGGAACUCCUAAGUGGGAAGGAGAAGAUUGAGCUGGCGAACCGGAAGAGGGAGCGUGGCAACUUCCACUACCAGCGAGCGGACUACGUCCUGGCUAUCAACUCCUACGACAUUGCGCUGAAGAUUAUCGGCUCCAGUUCAAAAGUGGACUUUGCCCAGGAGGAGGAGGAGGGAUUAGUGGACGUCAAGAUGAAGUGCCUGAACAAUUUAGCCGCCUCUCAGCUCAAGUUGGACCACUACGAUGCGGCCCUGCGAUCCUGCAACCAAGUCCUGGAACAGCAGCCGGACAACAUCAAAGCCCUUUUUCGGAAGGGGAAGGUCCUGGCUCAGCAAGGCGAAUACAGGGAGGCCAUCCCCAUCUUGAAAGCCGCCUUGAAGCUGGAGCCAUCGAAUAAGACCAUUCACACAGAGCUCUCGAAGCUGGCAAAGAAGCACGCCGACCAGAAGUGCGUGGAGACGGAGAUGUACCGCAAGAUGCUGGGCAACCCCAGCGGCCCCACCGCCAAGUGCAAAGACAAGUCAUCGCGGUCAAUUCCGUGGAAGUGGCUCUUUGGCGCAACAGCCGUGGCGCUGGGGGGCGUGGCCUUGUCGGUCGUCAUCGCAGCCAGGAACUAGCGCCAUCUGCUGACAAGGGACGGCAAGGAACCCAAGCGGCGGAAGACCAGCCCCUCUUUUCUCCAUCCCUCCUCCCCACCACGGCACACACCCACCCACCCCCACUCCGGCUCUCCUCCUUCCACCCGGCCCUCGACAGACGCAUACACAGCUCUGGACCUGUAGGGUAGCAGCUGGGGCGGGGGGGGGGGCUUAGAUCCUCCCCUCCCCAGAGGCUGCGCACACCCUCCUCUUAGUCGUGAGAUGCAGCAGACCACUUUGCGGCGGGGCUGGCAGGGGAACUGGAGAGAUCCAUGGGGCGGUGGGAGGGAUUUUUCGCGCCAUCGCUCUGACUGCAGAGACUGGAAUUAGCAGGGUCUCGAAGGGACCCGGACUUGUGGGUAUCUUCUUUUUGCGGUGGGGAUGGGGUGGGGACGGAAUUCACUGGAAGUUCUGCUCAAUCCUUUUUCUUUUUCGAAUGCCCCUUCCGCCCUUUCGGCUGUUUCUGUCGGAAGGCACGUGGCGGGCAGAGCUUGUGCAGCCAAGGGGGUCUUUGGGGGUCCUAUGCAGAAAAGGGGGAGCCGGUGGGUUUCUGCGGAGGAGGGCGGGAUUACGGAAAUGGACCUCCGCAGCGAGACAGGGUCAGGUGGGCAGCCGCGAGGAACUGUGGGGAAUGUUUAGGGCUGUGCAGGGAACCCUAGGAGCUCGAUCCGUACUGAUUCCGACGCACAAAAGUGAGCACGCCCUUUCCUCUAUUGGAAACUCAGCACACUUUUGGGGGGGGCAUGCAGCGGGUUGAGGGGGGGUGAAGAGAGUGGAGAUGAAGACAGGUGGGUGUUCCCCCCCUCCCCAAAUCACCCCCUCUGGAGGCCAAACGAAGGGGCAGAGGCCCCCUUCUGAAUCCCCCCCCCCGGACUCUUCUUUGCCCCCACACCAGAGCCUUUCUGGCGCCAGCCUUAUGACGGCAUUCUUGGGUCGUCGUCCCCCCCCCCCCAAACCCAGCACCCACUGGUCUGGCCUUCCCCAGGACAUGUCCCGCCCCCGGCCCAGGCAGGACACUCUCGUUUAUUAAUUAUUAUCAUUAUUUUGACCGCUGUCAGAUUUUAAACUGUGAAAACCACCACUGCCCCACAAAUUCUCUAAUAAAGGAAAAUCUGUCAGCAGCA